UCUCCUUAAUACAGAGCUUUGUAUCUUUUAUCAAUUUUUAGAUAAGAUUUUAAUAUUUUCUUGUAAACAAGCUGACGCAAGUGAUUGUUAUAAAAAUGGAAAUAAGAAGUUAUGUCAGAGCAUCAACCACUAAACCAUACUUCACGACUGACAUCUGAAUUUUCCGCAGGUGGCAUAAUCCUGACAGAAUAGGACUGAAAUCUAAGCAGCUGCAGUUUAAUAACGAAAGUAGUUAGCAAUGGUCGAUACUAUAUUCCGUCCGCGUUCCUUGGGGGUUGCUACAGAAGGUCUGCCUGAUCAAUAUGCUGAUGGGAAAGCUGCAAAAGUUUGGGAGGUCUACAUAGGAGAAAAGAAUGAUCGUACUAAGCAUUAUAAAGACUUUUUACUUGAACUUUUGAGGAAACAUAAUUGCAAGCAUUUACUAGAUGUCGCCUGCGGUACAGGGAUUGAUUCUAUACUGCUUUUAGAGGAAGGUUUUCAAAUGAUGAGUGUCGAUGCCAGUGACAAGAUGCUGAAGUAUGCACUCAAGCAGAGAUGGAUUCGCAGGAAAGAACCUGCAUUUGAUUCUUGGGUGAUCGAAGAAGCUAACUGGUUAACGUUGCCGGAGGAUAUCCACAAGCCUGAUGGAGGUUUUGAUUGCGUGAUAUGCUUGGGAAAUUCUUUUGCCCACUUGUUUGAUUUGAAAGGUGAUAUGUCUGACAUCAAGCUAGCUAUACAGAACUUCCAUGAAAUGAUAAAACCAAAUGGCUAUCUCCUAAUUGACCACAGAAACUACGACUAUACUCUGAAGCAUGGAAAAACACCAGCUAAAAGCAUUUAUUACAACAGCAAACACAUAAAGGAUAUCCAGACUUCUAUACUCUAUGUUGGUGAAAAGCCUACAAUGGUUAUGUUGGAUUACACGAUGGAUAUUUCUGACAUUAUCGGUAGCUUUGACCAUACUGAUAGUGAAUACACUAAGAAGGGACGCUACCACGGCACACCAGUUGACCAUUUUCGAUUAUCUUAUUAUCCUCAUAAAUUGGACUCUUUCACUAAGCUUUUGAAAGAAGUAUUUGGUGAAAACACUCUGCAUCAUGUAUAUGGUGAUUUCAAACCCCUGAAUGAAGUGGAAGAUCCAGCAUUUUUUAUUCAUUUUAUUCAGAAAAAAGGUUCUGAAUAAUAGUUUUAAAAAUCUCUGACAUUGUUGUAAAAUGUUGUUGAUUAUAUUUUUUUUUUGUAUGUGUGAAAGUAAUAUAUUCAAGUAUGAAUGCUUAUAUUUUAUUACUGCGUGUUUAUGCAUGUACUUUAUUGUGUUAUAUUAACACAGUGGGAUUACUUUAAUUUUUUUUCUUUUUCUUGUUUUCUGUUUUAGUUGAUCUUAUACAAUUUGAAAUGGCUGUGAAUAAAAUUUUUGUGAAUGACAAAA